AUGCCGAAACCUGUGCUAUACACGGUUCAUCUGAGCCCACCGUGCCGUGCCGUGGAGCUGACGGCAAAAGCGCUUGGAUUGGAGUUAGAGCGCAAGCUUGUGAACUUACUUGCUGGGGAAAAUUUGACACCUGAAUUCUUGAAGCUCAAUCCUAAGCAUACGAUCCCCGUGCUGGACGAUAAUGGGACGAUCAUCAGCGAAAGCCACGCGAUCAUGAUCUAUCUCGUGCGUAAGUACGGCCAGGGCGAUGGGAAGGAUGCGCUGUACCCAACGGACAUUGUCGAGCAGGCUCGGGUCAAUGAGGCACUGCACUUCGAGUCCGGUGUGCUGUUUGCACGGUUGCGAUUCAUUACCGAGUUGGCAAUUUUUGGACGCAAACCAGAAAUUCCGGAAGAUCGCAUCGAGUACGUCCGGAAGGCGUACCGGUUGCUGGAAGACUCGCUGCAGAGCGAUUACGUAGCUGGCUCACGUAUGACGAUCGCUGACCUGAGCUGCAUUUCCUCGGUCGCCUCUAUGGUGGGCUUUAUCCCGAUGGAAAGAUCCGAGUUCCCGCGAGUGCACGGGUGGAUGAUGCGGCUGAAGCAGUUGCCGUACUAUGAGGAGAUCAACGGUGCCGGUGCCACAGAGCUGGCCGAGUUCAUUGUGAAUAUGUUGGCGAAGAAUGCAAAACUGUAACAGGUUCAAGCUAUUGGCGGUUGUUAACUAGUCAAAUAAAGUGUAGUAUUUAAAGCA